AUGGAUGUCACAGUCGCCUACAAUCAGCAUUCGAGUCACGCGCGGCGCAAGAAUCGAUCCUCGACCAACCUGAACCACCUCUCCCUGGCCCCACUGACAACGAAACUCCCGCUGUCGGACCCGGAGGAGCUUCCCGCGAUCCAAACCGCCCCGCUCGUGCCGAGCACCUCGUACCUACAGGGCAAGUCCGCUCCGACCACCCCGCGGCUGCUCUCACACUCGCCCGCACGCUCUCGCUCGCAAUCUAGACGUGCGACCGGGACCGCGUCCCUACCCAAGAGCAAGUCUACCACCCAUCUGCACAGGACGUCCACCUCGGGCACCGCCACGCCGACCGCCGCCGGCAGGCGCCACCGUAUGGAGGACGCCAACGGCGGAGGCCCGCUCUCGGCCAACGAACCCAACAACAGCGAUUGGCUCCUCAGGGCCGGCGCCAUGUUGAGCGGCGAGUACCGCGAGUACAAGGGUCAGGCGUGGCUGGAGACGAGGGCCAGCUCCACCAACCUUGUUGGCACGCACUCCGCCGCACUCGAUGCCGAGGAGAUUGCCUUUGAGCACAAGAUGGCGAGGGAGUAUCAGCACUCCAGUAGCCGCCACCACAGCCGGCGCGGCAGCGUGCAAAUCCUGGAGGACGAGUCAAUCUACAUGACAGCUACCUCAUCGCCACCGGGCAGCCGGCUGCCUAGUCGCUCACACAGCCGUGUGAGCAGCCGCACACAAUUGAUGACGCCGAGAGAGCGCCGGUCAAUGGACGGCUACUUCAACGGCCACCACCCUCAGGUCGAUGAUGACAUCCCAGGGCCCGACUUCGUGAACCUGGACGAGACUCUUGAGGCCAUAGAGCAAGAUACGAGCAUUGAGGAUGAGGCUCACGUUCGCAGACUUGUCAAGAGGGAGAAGCAGGACGGCGCCGGAGCCUGGUUUGGCAACGUCCUAGGUUGGCGACUGUUCUCGGUGGAUGAAAACGACGAGGAGACUGACGAAGAGGACGACGAGGAGAGCUACGUUGCCGGAGAGUCCGGCGGAGACGCAUCGCCUUACAACCUUGCGGUGAUGGAGAGGCGACGCACCAAUGGUCUGGCUCGUUUUGAGGGCAUCACCACUGUCCCCGAGGCCCGAGUUCCGCCUCCCAAAGCCGAUGAAGGCGGCUGGCAAGAUGCGGCAUGGCUACUAAGCGUCGCCUCCAAAGUCUUGCUGUAG